AUGUCUGAUGAUUCUAACAACGCUUUCAACGCCCCUUUCGGUGUUGAACAAUCUCAAAUCAACACGAAGCUUUUCGAUCCACGUUUCUUUCAAACUGCAACAACUACAGUUGCUCCCACUAUGUAUUCUGUUGCAAAUAUGCCGUUGAACCAGGCUUUAUCUCCCAAUCAAACUGUAACUUCCUUACCACAUAUUGCUUUGGGAUCUAAUCAAGAGUAUGUCUUUGCUCAUCAAGGUGGAGCUCUAGUUCUUCCAAAUGGCACUUUUAUGAAUCCGCAAUAUCAAACUGCCACACUCUGGCAAACAAUGAAUAUAACAGAGCCUAAGAACAUAGCUCUUACCGGACAACCUUUAUUUCAAAAUGAAUAUAUCGAAAAAAAGGUACAUCAGGGUCCGAACUGGCGAGAAAAUCAUGUUGAUGUUCCACGUAUUGAUCACAACCUAAUCAUUGAGCGAAGAAACAAACAGCGCACUCCUCCUCGUCCAAUUAUAGAAUAUCCAUUAUCACGUUGUCUCCCAUCAAUCGAAGAAAUACCUGACGCUACCGCGCGUCUUACAGAGACUAUUCGUCUUUGGUGGAUUGAUAAUGAAGGAACUGCCCUUGGAGAACUAGAAAAACUUGACCUUCAACCUCAGUUAACUUUACAACAAUGGAGGUUAAUUGCAAUGAAUGAAUACAUUGAUCUACAGCUUUUCUGUAAAAUUGAUGUUAUCAUGCAUUGGUUAAAAGCUUUCACAAUCUAUUCCGAAGCAGUAUUAUCAUUAUAUCCUCAUCGUCGAGAAGAAUUCGAUUCAUAUGAACGUCAUAUCGUCGAAAAAAGUGAUUCGUAUCCUUUUGAUCUUGUUUUUCAAUACGAUCAAGAGAGGAGAAUGCGUUUAUGUAAAAAUCGGCAAUUGACGCUAAUGAUGCCUGCACCAGACUUAGAAGAUCGGUAUUUUUAUCCCAUCGUCGAGCAUAGAACCGGCUUUAUUAGCCUUCGUAGAGAUAGAUGGGAUCAAGUAGCAUAUGACGAAAGGGGCAAAGAGAUUUGCAACAAAUAUAAUUAUGAAAGGUGUCAUUAUCCUUAUUGCAAGCGAUCUCACGUAUGUGCUGUCGACAAAUGUGGUGGGUUGCAUCCAGCAAAAUUGUGUCCUGCGAGAAAAUCAGCGCCAAACUCGAUGCUUGGUUAUAAAAAGCAAAAUUUUCCGAAUCGAAUAGGACCUAAUUCUUUUAAGAAUAAUGGGUUUAGAGGUAAAGGUAAACGUUUCACCAAUUCGGCCCAAAAUAACUGUCAAAAAAGCCGAGAUUUAGAAAAAGAGAAUCCUUAA